AUGAGUCACUUCGUUGCUUUGAAUGUCAAUGACGCCGCUGUAAGGCUUAAUAUCUAUAAACACCAGUUUCCGCAAAAAGCGGUUCCAGAACCGCUUGAGUUCACUGACCUGUUGAUAGCUCACGAUUUGGAUAAGCUUGCAGCUCUAGCAUUGCACCCUGACGCUACUUUGGCGAUCUACUAUGCGUACGGACCAAUAUUUCUUGACUUAAUGGCUCGUUGGGUGCAGAAUCCAGCCUGGUUUGAAAGAAACUAUUGUGAGAGUCAGGGGAUUACAAAUCUAGCUCAGGGCUCCAUUAUACUUUUAGCAUUAUCUCGUGUCAUUGGUUUGGCACCAGAAUCUACAAACUUGAUAGAGCACUUCCUCGAAUCUUAUAAAGAGGAGGUUGAUAUUGACGUAUCACUACCACCUUCAGACUUGCAAGCAUUACUUUUGGCAUUCUACCGUAUUUACACAUCAAAUCCGCACAAGUUCAAACAUUUCAUUGACCUCAACAAAUUAUACAAUGUCAUAAAUUUAGAGGAUGAAGCUUAUAAUGUUUCCAAGAUGAUAGCGAUCAGAAUUCUUAGCAGAUACCUCAAUUCAUCCGAAGAAUCGCAAGCAAUCAUGAUCCAAAAGCAUGUCAAGGGUUCAUUUGAGGGCUCAUUUGACGGACAAUCCCAGAUAGACUAUAGAUUUCUCCCAUUGAUAGAAGCUAAAAGAUUCUCGAACCACACAAGAUUGCCAACUUCGGUUUCUCACACGCAAUCUGGCCAGCUCAAGAUCCAUCAGAAUGAGUUGUCAAGUCUUGUCACUUGCGUCUGCGGGGUCCUCCUUUUUAACAAAAACUCAGAAAAGAAGCAAACAGAAGAAGAACAAUUCGUUCCCAUUGAGGGCUCCGUUGAGGUUUUGAGGUGCUUGGCUUCUCACCUCCUGAAGGACAAGCCAGUGUUGCUUCAUGGUGAGCCCGGAUCCGGAAAAACAUUUCUUAUUAAUCAGAUGGCAAAGUAUAUGAAUUGCUCAGACUCAAUCGUCAAGAUACAUUUGGGUGAACAGACAGACGCAAAGCUUCUCUUAGGGACAUAUACCUCAGGAGACACACCCGGCUCCUUUCAAUGGAGGUCGGGUGUUUUAACUACAGCUGUGAAAGAGGGAAAGUGGAUUUUGGUCGAGGACAUUGACAAAGCUCCAACAGAAGUCCUUUCCAUCCUCCUUGUGUUAUUGGAAAAAAGGGAGCUCAAUAUACCUUCCAGAGGAGAGAUCAUAAAGGCUCACAGCGGAUUCCAACUCAUAUCAACCAUAAGUACUUUGACAGACCGUAACUCAAAAGUACCUGAUAUGAUUGGGUUACGUCUUUGGGAACAAAUUGAGAUGCCCAGACUCUCCGAACCUGACUUGAAAGCAAUUCUCACUACUAAGUUUCCUAUCAUUUCCAAGUUCAUUCCCAAAUUCAUUACGCUAUACAACAGAGUACUCCACAUAUUUUCCAUGCCGGCAUUUAUUUCCCUUAAUAAAGGUUCACAUCCAAGAUCGAUUUCUGCAAGAGACUUGAUCAAAUUUUGCAGACGCUGCGAUAUGUUGCUUCGCACAAAAGGUGCCACUAGCGAUGACUCUCUUCUCGAGAGCAUGAUUUACGAAAGUAUAUUUGCUGAGGCAGUAGAAUGUUUUGGCAGUGCCCUCACUGAAGCAUCUGCAUCUGUACCGUUGAUGAAUGCUAUCGGGGAAGUUUUGGAAAUCUCGAGCACCAGGAUCAACGUUUUCAUUGAUAGCUACGUGCCCUCUUUUCAUGUUGAAAAUGACACCAUUGAAAUUGGGAGGGCGCUACUUCAAAAAAGCUCAGUUGACAAAGCCCUUCUCCGUCGAGAUGCUAGUAGGCAAGCCAAUUUUGCACGCACUAAACACCUGAAAAGGUUGAUGGAGCAAAUCGCCGUGGCAGUACAAAUGGUCGAACCCGUCUUGUUGGUCGGUGAGACCGGUACAGGUAAAACUACUGUUGUUCAAGAGGUGGCAAAGAUGAUGAACAAAAAAUUGACUGCAAUUAAUGUCUCGCAACAAACGGAAUCGAGUGAUUUGCUAGGUGGAUUCAAGCCAGUUAACACGAUGACUGUUGCCAUUCCAUUACAGGAAUCUUUCGAGAGUCUUUUUCUAGCCACAUUCUCACAAAAGAAAAAUGUCAAGUUUUCUGAAUUGUUGUCUAAAUGUUUUAACAAGAAGCAAUGGAAGAAUGUUUCAAAACUUUGGAAAGAAGCUGUAAAAAUGGCAAGGGCCACUUUGGAAAAAGCUGAGAGUCCUGACCCAGGCGACACUACGGAGGGCGCACCAAAGAAAAAGAGAAAAUUGAGCUCGUCCGAGAAAUCAGCGUUGCUUGAAAAAUGGUUGGAAUUCAAUAAGGGCAUCGAAAACUUUGAAGCGCAGGCCGCAAGUCUCGAGAGUUCUUUCGUCUUCAAUUUCGUUGAAGGGUCUUUGGUGAAAGCCGUCAGAAACGGUGAAUGGCUUCUUCUCGAUGAAAUAAACCUUGCAUCUUCUGACACUCUCGAAAGUAUUGCAGAUCUUUUAUCUGAGGUAAGUGACCAAAGAUCUAUUUUGCUCAGUGAGCGUGGCGAUGUUGAGGCUAUAAAGGCUCAUCCCGACUUCCGCAUCUUCGGUUGCAUGAAUCCGUCAACCGAUGUUGGCAAGCGUGACUUACCAGCUAGUAUUCGCUCUCGUUUCAGUGAAAUCUACGUGCAUUCUCCUGAUAGAGACAAAGAAGAUCUAUUGCAAAUUAUAGACAAAUACAUCGACAGAUAUGCGGUUGGUGAUGAUUGGGUAGCUGACGACAUCGCCGAACUAUAUCUCGAGGCAAAGUCUUUAUCGGAAAAAAAUAAGAUCGUUGAUGGUGCAAAUCAAAAGCCACACUUCAGCAUUCGUACACUUACCAGAACAUUGACAUACGUACGUGACAUUGUCACCACAUAUGGAUUGAGAAGAUCGCUUUAUGAGGGAUUUUGUAUGUCCUUCUUGACCUUACUUGACGCGAAAUCAGAAAACUUGCUCAAACCAAUCAUUGAGAAAUAUACGAUUGGGAAGACCAAGAAUCCAAAAUCAGCACUAAGUCAAAUACCCAAGGCGCCAUCCGGUGGGGAUGCGCAAUAUACUCAGUUCAGACAUUACUGGUUGAAAAAAGGUGCCCAAGAGAUCGACCCGCAACCAAACUAUAUCAUCACUCCUUUUGUCGAAAAGAAUCUUCUUAACCUUGUGCGUGCAACUGCUAGUCGAAGAUUUCCGGUCUUGAUUCAGGGUCCCACUUCUGCAGGUAAAACGUCUAUGAUCAAAUAUUUAGCAGGAAUAUCUGGCCAUAGCUUUGUUCGUAUCAAUAAUCAUGAACACACAGACUUACAGGAGUACUUAGGUACGUACGUCUCGGACUCAAGUGGAAAGUUGGUGUUCAGGGAGGGAGUUUUGGUUGAAGCCUUACGUAAGGGGUACUGGAUAGUUCUAGAUGAGCUCAAUUUGGCGCCUACAGAUGUACUCGAGGCCUUAAAUCGUUUGCUCGAUGACAACAGGGAACUUUUUAUUCCAGAAACUCAAGAAGUCAUUCAUCCGCAUCCCGAUUUUAUGCUCUUUGCUACGCAAAAUCCUCCGGGGCUUUAUGGUGGUAGAAAGGUUCUUUCGCGUGCUUUUAGAAACCGAUUCCUUGAGUUACAUUUCGAUGAUAUACCCAAAGAUGAGCUUGAAAUCAUUUUGAAAGACCGCUGUCAAAUUGCGCCUUCAUACGGUAAAAAGAUUGUCGAAGUCUAUAAGGAACUAUCUCUACAGCGCCAGUCCUCCCGACUUUUUGAACAGAAGAACUCUUUCGCAACCCUCAGAGAUCUCUUCCGUUGGGCCCUACGUGAUGCAGUUGGCUAUGAAGAAUUAGCCGCAAACGGCUAUAUGCUCCUUGCAGAAAGGGUAAGAAAUGAUGAUGAAAAGCUUGUUGUUAAAAAUGCCAUCGAAAAAGUUAUGCGUGUUAAGCUUGACAUGGAUGCGUACUAUGAGAAGCUAGAGAACAGAAGUAUAUUUAACGUCGAGCUGCCGAUAGUUUGGACGAAGGCGAUGCGAAGAUUGGCAGUCUUGGUCGAAACGUCAAUGAAAUAUAAGGAGCCGUUACUUUUAGUGGGUGAAACCGGAUGUGGUAAGACAACAGUCUGUCAAAUUAUUGCACAAAUCUACAACAAGCAAUUAAUUACUGUGAAUGCUCACCAGAAUACCGAGACGGGUGAUAUCUUGGGUGCUCAACGCCCCCUCAGAAACCGUUUCGAGAUACGCGGUGAACUCGUGAAGAGCUUGGUGGCAUUUUUUGAGGCACUAAACUUGGAUAUCAAAUUGAAAGAGGCCAAUGCUGAAGAUUUGACAAAAAUUUACCGCCAAACACUCAAGAAAUUGACUGAAGAUGAUCGAGCGAAGGUGAGCGAGGAACUUAUCUCAAAGAUUGAAGACAACAUAAGAAAUGCCGGUAUCCUUUUCGAAUGGGUAGACGGUCCUUUGGUCCAAGCCAUGAAGUCGGGCAAUCUUUUCUUGCUUGAUGAGAUAUCCUUGGCCGACGAUUCUGUUUUGGAGAGACUCAACUCUGUUCUAGAACCCGAAAGAAGUCUUAUGCUAGCAGAGAAAGGAACAGAUGAUGCAUUCCUAGUAGCGCACGAUGAUUUCAACUUCUUGGCUACGAUGAAUCCAGGUGGAGAUUACGGUAAAAAGGAGCUCUCUCCAGCUUUGCGUAACAGAUUCACUGAGAUUUGGGUUCCCUCCAUGGAAGAUUUCAAUGAUGUCAAGCAUAUUGUGAAGACUCGUCUCAAACCCGAAGUCGAGCACCUUUAUAGUGCCAUUACAGAUUUCUCAGAAUGGUUUGGGAAAAAAUUGGGUAAUGGAGUUGUUAACAACGGUGUGAUCUCUCUUAGAGACAUCCUAGCAUGGGUGGAAUUUAUCAAUUCUUGCGGGUCGUCGAUACCAGUAGAGGCAGCAUUUUAUCAUGGUGCCUCGAUGGUGUUCAUCGAUGCACUAGGAACCAACAACACUGCUUUUUUAGCUGAGAAUCAGAGAAAGCUUGCUGAUUAUAAAGCAGAGUGUUCUGAGAAGCUUGGUCUGUUGAUUUCGAAGGACCUCGACGUAUAUUCGAUAACUAAGAAUCACUGCAUUGAAGUGGGUCAGACGGCUUUCAGAGCGGGCCUCUUUGAAAUUCCUCGUGUGAAUGGAUCUGAUUUCAAUGAAUCUUUCAAUUUGCAUGCUCCAACUACGGCGGCUAACACUCUGCGUGUUAUAAGAGCAAUGCAAGUACAUAAACCCAUCCUUCUAGAAGGAAGUCCUGGCGUGGGAAAAACAAGUUUGAUAUCAGCUAUCGCAAAGGCGACGGGCAAUGAGUUGAUAAGAAUCAAUCUUUCAGAGCAAACCGAUUUGAUUGAUUUGUUUGGUUCUGAUGCUCCAGUGGACGGUGGACAAACCGGCGAAUUUGUUUGGCGAGAUGCUCCAUUUUUAAGAGCUAUGAAGAACGGUGAAUGGGUAUUGUUGGAUGAGAUGAACCUCGCGUCUCAAUCUGUUUUGGAGGGAUUGAAUGCAUGUUUAGAUCAUAGAGGUGAGGCCUACAUUCCUGAACUUGACCGCUCAUUUCCCCGUCAUCCAGACUUCAAGGUGUUUGCUGCCCAGAAUCCACAAUAUCAAGGUGGUGGCAGAAAGGGUUUACCAAAAUCAUUCGUGAACAGAUUUUCUGUUGUAUUUGUCGACACAUUAUCCGCCGACGAUUUGACAUUGAUCGCUCACAAGAUCUAUCCAAGUGUUUCUGAGGAUAUAUGUGAGAAGCUUGUCACGUUUGUUGCGCAAUUAGACAAGGCCGUAGUUAAGGAGAGAUCCUUUGGUUCACUUGGUGGCCCAUGGGAAUUCAACUUACGUGAUGUUUUGAGAUGGUUAAGCUCGUACAACUCUUUCAGAAAUGUCAAGCACGAAAAAAACACAAAUAUUGGUGACUUUUUGAAUAUGAUCAUUUGCCAGAGAUUUCGAACAACCGAAGAUCGUUCCAAAGUGGAGGAGCUCUUUCAGUCUAUAUUCGGCGAACAGAGAGCUACAGCCUCUUACUACGGCAUUGGAUAUGACUUUGUUCAAGCGGGAAGUGCAGUCAUUAAAAGAAGCCAAUUGAUUCAGCAUGUCAAUUCAGCGGACAGGCUCAACUUAAUCUCCCUCCAAUGCAACAUUCCCGUUCUUGAAUCAGCAAUUCGCAGUAUUAAUGAAAAUAUCCCUCUUAUCAUUUCUGGUCCAUCGAAUUCGGGUAAGACAGAAUUGAUAAGGUUUAUUGCAAAUGUUGUCGGAGUGGAAUUAGCCGAGUUUGCUAUGAAUAGUGAUGUCGAUAGUAUGGAUAUUUUGGGUGGAUACGAGCAAGUGGACGUGACAAGGGCCAUGUCAGACUUGAUGAAAAGAACUUAUCUUGUUUUCAGACAUUUGGCAGUCGAAAACUGCAUCUCUUCACAAGAAAAUCCUACGGCUAGUAAGCUUGCUUUUGACUUGAUGCAAAUGAUCGAAACGAGCCAGCUGAUUGCUGAUUCUUUUUCGUCAAUAGCAACCGCAUUCAAGGCAUUUAUAAGCCAAUUUCAAAGCGACAAAUUGGCAGAGUUGGCCGUUGAAUUCGAGAAAGUUGAUGCGAAAAGAAGAGAAUGUGACAUUGUUAGGUUUGAAUGGUUCGACGGUUUGCUUGUUAAGGCUGUUGCAAAUGGAGACUGGUUAGUCUUGGAUAAUGCCAAUUUGUGCAACCCUUCAGUCCUCGAUCGUCUCAACUCCCUAUUGGAGACAAAUGGGUCCUUGAUCAUCAAUGAAUGCAGCGCCGAAGAUGGUAUGCCUAGAGUUUUGACCCCACACCCCAACUUUAGAUUAUUUUUGACUGUCAACACCAAAUAUGGAGAAUUGUCGAGAGCAAUGAGAAACAGAUGCAUUGAGGUGCAUAUCGAUGAACUUUCAGAAAGAGCGACACUAUUUGAUAGAUUGACAUUGGGUGUCACCGAACCAUCCAAGGCAGAGAGUAUGAAAGACAUUUGCGAUUUGAUGAACAACCUUGAGUUUGGUACAAACAAAAUGUGGAAGCCCUUGGCUGCUUUCAUGCCUUCAAACGAGUCAACCUUAAGACGUUUUGCCACCAUCCUCGAUGCUUUCAACUUGCAAGAAAAAGACUUGGCAAAUAGCGCCUUGGCAAGUAAUCUAGCCCUAUGUGACUUGAAUUUCAUCGAGUCUUUGGCCUCAAGUAUUCUUCACUGUUCAGAAUUUGACAAUUCCCUCAGAAAUGCAAGUGAGAACUUGCUUGGUGUCUUAAGAGUUCUUUCAAACGCUGAGUUCUUCGUGAAGUGCGAAGAAGAAUACAAAAAGAUCGAAUCAUGUCGAAUCACGAAGGGGUUCACCAGGAACCAGGCGAUCAAUACACUCUUAAAUGAGGCCAUCAUUUACUACUUGAGUGCUGGUCAAUCAGUUGAUUGGCUUCAACCAACAUUGAUGUUUCACGUGGCAGAUAGACUUUACCAAAACUCCUUGCUUUUGAAAUCGAUACAGCGUAAAGCCAGCGAGGGCAAACUUCAGCAGCUUUCCUUUAUCGAACUAUCUGCGGCAGCUCAUUUUGGCAGGGGAAUGAAGAAAAUACCAAAAGCCAACGUCUUUGGGUUUGUGGAAAGGUUACAAAGCUGGGCAGUUGAUACUUUUAUGGUACAUGCUACCGCUUCAGUCACAUUUGAUGAGCCCAUUUUCUCCGCUUUACUGGAACUUUUGGACAUAUGGAGCUCUUUAGUGAGGUCUGCAGGCUCUCAAAACCUUACCAAGUUAAGAGUAUACCAUGAUUCUGUGAAGGCUUGGUUCGAACAAAACAAGUUUUUAGUCCAGUCGACUUCACAGGAGUUACCACAUGCAACUAUCUCCCUUGAUUUAGAAUUGACAACAGGAACUUCGAUGACGACUAUCUGGGACGCAUUUCGUCAACUGUAUCCAGAGACCAUCGAGGCUUGGGAGUACUACAAGAAGCUCUUGUCUAUUCUUACGGAGUUUGACACCUUGGUUUCCGACUAUGAUAUGAGCGUUGAAGAUGUGUCUUUCUUAAGACAACAGAUGAUCGACCUUUUUGGUACCAUCAUAGAUGGGUCUGCCUCAGACACUGAAUUGGCAACCUUAUUUGAGUAUUUGAAUGGUGGGGUUGCAAAGAUCCGUGAGGCAGUGAAAGGAUCAGCUAAAAGACACAACGUUUUCGAGUCAGAAUUCACCAUGAUAUCUAACUUUGUGGAAACCAACAGCUUUUUCUCUGGAAUUCAAACGUUGCAAACUCAAUUGAAACUACUCGCUAAAUCAGAAAAACCAACACUUUCUUUGUUUUAUGCAAAUUCAUCAGCACUUUACGAACCAUAUCCAAGGCUCUUUGACAACUUGUGGACGAAGGGACAGCAAUUAGGUAUUAACGGGCUCUUCGGAGAUGCACUUUUUGCAGAAGCUAAUACGAAAUGCAAGCAACUCGACAAGUGCGAGGGAAGGUUUCUUGACAAAGAGUUGGAGGACAUGCGCCUUCUUGCGGCUGCCAUCAUCAAGAACUCACAGUCUGUUCUCCACGACCAGAAAAAGGUUUUUCUGGAUCUUUUAAUCGAUUGGAUAAGAAAAAUUUUGGAGGCACACGAUAUAAGCCUUCCAGCCGUUUCUCGUGGUCAAGACAAGGAGAGUCUAUACAAAGAGAUUAUUGAAACGGUCAUCAAAAGUGGGAACGAAAUUCUUGUAAAUAUAUUCAGGUGCUACUUUGGACCAGCCAUUGUACUCACAAAUGAGCGCUCCUCGCUUUUAGCGUUGGGGAAGGCCUGGGUUUUAUUUUCAAGUGGUUGUAUCCAGCUUUUCGUUCCUAGCUCACCUAUGGAUCCUGCGAUAGAUGACCAUGUGGCAUACGAUAUCUCUCGAGCACAGAGAGAAACUCGCGAGAGACUAUUGCAAUCUUGGAAAAGUAUAAGAGAAGCUAGUGUUGGAGAUAUCCCAACCCCUACGGAGAUCGCAUUGUCUACGAUGAAUUGUGAAGAAAGAAAAAGUCCAAGGAUUUUUAGGCCAACUGAUGAUAUCGAUCAGGUCUUUGAGGAAUGGACAAGCUUUAUGAGUUCUUCAAUCGACGAGACAGCCGUAAAGAAUUUGCUUAUUUGCGCCGAAAAUUACGACGAGAUGAAUUUGAACAGGAUCAAUGUUUUUCAGCAUAAUUCAUCGAAUUUCUUGUCAAGAUUGAGAACAAAUCAAAUCUAUUAUUCCGACCUCAAUGAUAUUCUUGCAGGAUAUGUGUAUGGAUUGAAGCUCGGCAUGAACUUGAUGGUGAUGGAAAAAGAGAAUUCCAAAGCACAAUUGCCUUAUGGUCAGCUUUGGUCAACCAGUUUAUCAACUCUUCUCAACUCCAGUCAAUUGGAACAGACUUUCGAGCUGUUUAUGUCUGCUAGUAAAUCGAUGGAUGCUGGAUCCGUUGAAGUGGAAAAACUGAUGCUAUUUUUUUUGAAUUUGAGCUUCUUACAAUAUCAUGAGGCAUCAGAUUUGAAGUUGGAUUACGUCAUAAACCUGGCCCUUCGGACCUUGUACUAUAGAUGGUACUACCGUAGGGCCAAGGAGGAGGAGCAAGCAUCUCAGGAAGCCUCUCUUUACAAGCAUCAUGAUAAUCAUGAUGAUGUUGAUAGGGAAUUCCAAGACCUUUUCCCAGAUUACGAAGACGUGAUGGAGGUCGACUCUAGACCCAUAAAGAGCAAUAGCGCCUUUUCUGAAUUCUACCCCCAACUAUGCGACUCCUACGUCAAUUUCUUCUUGCGAAAGACUGCUAUAAACACUAAAAAAGUCGUUCAUCAAGGUGCAAAGCUUGCUCACGACCUCUCCAAGGUCAAAAACAUGUUUGCGCACGGCACCAAUCAUUCCGAUUCGAUGGCUGCUCUUCUAAGCUCCAUGCUUGACUUACAUGAGACGUAUUCGACACAAGAAAGUAAUGACGUUGACUUCUACCAUGGUGAGUCUCCUUUCGAAUUUAGAAGAGCCAUGAAAGUGGUAAGUAAGAUUUACAAUGCCGUUGCAAGCCUUUUGAACCAGUGGCCCGAACAUGCCACUUUGCAGAAUAUUUCUAGAGUUGCUGAAGAGUUCAUGCAAUUUCCAUCCAACAAUCCUGUUUCAAGACUUCUUCAAAAAGUGGAGGUUAUUUUCACGUAUAUCAACGAAUGGGAAAAAUUUGCCAGUAGCAAGGUUACAUUGAAAGAAUCCUACAAAGAACUCACCAAGUUGAUUGUGAGCUGGAGAAAGCUCGAACUUCACUCGUGGAAAAAACUAUUUGAGAAUGAAGAUUCAACCCACAGGAUGAGAGUAGGAAAAUGGUGGUUCUACCUCUUUGAAACCAUUGUGGUUCCAAUAAUGCUGGACGAGGAGCUGAAGGAUACUGAAAAAAUGUCCACUACUCAACUCUUAGGCGCUUUGAAUAUUUUUAUGAGCGAAACUACCUACGGCGAGUAUGUUGCUCGUCUCGAGCUUGUAAAAGCAUUCAUGAUUCACGUUUCGAAGAUUGAUGGCGGUCAAAAGACCGCAGACACCCUUUUCAAUUUCACGAAAUUCUACGAACAGUUUGUGCCGAAUAUCAACGAGACAAUUUCUCAAAACAAGAGAACUCUUGAAAAGGAAGUUUCAGAAGUGAUACUUCUUGCGAGCUGGAAGGAUGUUAACAUAGAUGCUCUCAAGCAGAGCUCUCGUCGUUCCCACAGCAGUCUCUUCAAGAUCGUGAGAAAGUACAGGGCGAUUUUGGCAACACCUGUAUCACCGCUAAUCCAAUCUGGUCUCUCAGUGGAUUGUAAGGUUGAAAUACCAAACAACUGCCAUGAGGUUCUGAGACAGACUCUUCUGUUUAAUCAUGAAAUAGAGAUGUCAAUUCUCAAAACGUGUGCGGAGGUGUCUUCGUGGAACGAGAGACCGAACAGACUCAAGAAUCUUUCCAUUAUUCAAAAAAACAUGCGCAUAUUUAUUGAGAAGGUGGACCGCUCAUCAGCUCCAUCGUUGUAUGCGUAUGCAAAAGAAAUCACUGAGGAGAUGGAAAGGCUCAAAAAGGAGACACCUAAAGUCAUGAACGAUGAAACGAAAAAAGCUGUCGCUGCUUUGCGUACUCAGAAGCAUAAGCUCCUUAGCGAAGUUCUCAAAGAGAUGAGACGCAUUGGCGUGAAGACGACAGUCAAGCCAGACAUCAAGAAGGCGUUGGGUACCGUUAAUUUGAUCUUAACGAAUAGUUCACCUUUUUCAACACUGAGAUUGAUGGGAUAUGAUGAAUUUUUCAUGAGGGUCUUGGAUUUGCUUCCUCGACUCAGAGCAGCGGUUUCUCAGGGCAAUGAAGAGAUUCCUCAAGGCGAUCUAGAAAGAGGUUUGGCCGCAUCAGAAAAUUUGAUGUUCAACCUAGUUACAGUAAGACGUCCAAUUGUUCGUUUGACUUUAUCGAUCGAGAAUUUGAGGACAUUGGAGGAGUCUUUUGCGACAUUCGUUGCUAAAUCUCUGGAAAAGUCAUUUAGUGUUUUCAAAUCAUUCGCCAUCAAGCCGUUUUUCGAAUCUGUGGGGAGAAUCCGUAUCUUCCUCAAAGAAUUGGAUACCAUACUCGAUUACAUCUUUGAAGUCAUCAGAUGUACUGUAUUCUUUACAGAAAACUUCGAUUCGACGGUGUUUCAGGAAAUCAAAGAUUCUGUUUCCAUGUGGAAAUCUAAAUUGCAAUUCUCGGCUAAAACGAUACCGACCGAAGAUGAUAGUGUAAUAUUAAGCAGUCACGAGGAGAAUGUGAAAAAGACUGUCGUUGACUUGGGAACUUGGAAGCUGAAAAACCCUGAAUUCGCUUUCAUUGCUGAUAUUAUUCUCAGUUGGCUUAUUAAAUGGUCUGAGGAAAAUGAUCCUAUCCUGUCCGAUGAAUUGAUUGAUACAUCAUCCUUGGAGUCCUUAGAGAAGGAAUUAAGAAAACUAUCCAAUUCAAUUCUCGUUUCUGUCCAAAAAGUUGUCGAGUUGCAUGAGGAGGACAUCAGCAUGGAUGAGGACGCGUGGCUUCAGCUCUCGCAGCAAAGACUUUCUAACUCCAUUAAAGCACUUCAUCACGAAAAGAUUGUGGGGGUGGUGGAGUUGGCUAGGUCUGUUCUCUUGAGUAUCAAACAUUCAGGGGAAUCUUCUACGACUAGCGCAGCUUUGAUUGCAUUCACAAUGCCCUUGAUCCAGUCCUAUCGAAAACUCGCAUCAAUAGUUCUUGAUAAGUGCGUUGAGGACUACGUCCAUAUCUCAAGAUCAACCUACAUUUUGGCUACAUCACUUCACAAUUUGGCAUCAUCUGGAUUUUGUUCACCUGAGCCACCGCAAGAGCAAAAGGAAGACGACAAUUUGCACGAGGGUACUGGACUAGGAGACGGUGAAGGUGCCACAAAUUCUAAAGACGCUGAAGAAGAAGAAGAUUUGGAUGAACAUGCUCAGCAAGCAAAUGAAGAGAACAAGAAGGACGAAGAGGAUGACGACGGGGAUAAUGAAGAUGCUGUUGAAAUGGAAGGCGAUAUGGCUGGAGAUCUUGAGGAGGCCUCAGACCAAGAAAAUGACCAGGAAAGUGAUGAGCAAGAUCAAGAUCUUGACGAGGAAGUGGAUGACAUUGACGAUCUUGACCCAAAUGCUGUUGAUGAGAAGAUGUGGGACGAAGAAGCUAAGGAUGAUUCCAAAGAAAAAGAUUCUGAUAAGAUGCCCCAGCACACGCAAAACGACGACGAUAACAUGGAAGCUAACGAAGAUGAAGAGAAUCAUAAAGAAAGAGAUGGUGAGAAUGAGAAAGAUAAUGAUGAAAAACAAGACGAAGAAGGAUCGGGUGACGAAGAGGACGUUGGAGAGCAAGAGGAUGAAGUAAAGAACGACGCAAACGAAGAUCUUGAUGAAUUCGUACCUGAGACUGAAACGUUGGACUUGCCAGAGGAUAUGAAUUUGGACGAUGAAGCGGAGGACAAGGAGCAAGAAGAAGAGAAUGACGCUGACGAGUUUGAUGAUGGGUUGGACGAUCAAGAUGAGAUGGGAGACGAUCUGCCUGAAAAAAUGGAUGAAGUAGCAAAGGACGAUGAGCAAGUUGAUUCUGACAUUGAAGAAGAAGAAGAUGCAAUGAAAGAGGUUGAAGAAGAUGAUGCCUCAGAUGUUGAAAAUCGUUCAGACGAAGAAGGGCAAAAACAAGAGGAUUCUGAAGAAGAAGAUGUCAAGGGACCAGAGGAGGCUCCCGAGGAACAAGAAGAUGAAAAGGAUUCUGCGGAAAAGGGUGAUCGCGAGGCAGCUGGUCUUGAAGAUGCUGAAGAUGAACAGGACGAAAACGUCGAUAUGAAUGCUGCAUCGAAAGCUGCAUCAGGUGAAAAAGGGGACGGCGCUGAUAGCGAAGUACUUGAAGAGAAGGAAGACAUUGGCGCCUCUGGUGCCGCUUCCGAAUUGAAUCAGAUGGAAGACAAGGAGAAAGAUUCAAACGAGAAUCCGAACAAUGAAAUCCAAGAGUCAUUGAAACAAUUAGGCGACUCUUUGAAAGAGUUCCAUCGUCGCAGGGAGGAAAUAAAGGAUGCAUCUCAACAUGACGAGCAAGAACAGGAGUCGAAAGCUGAUGUCAUGCCCGAUGAGUUCGAACACGUUGAAGGAGAAAAUACUGAACGCGAUACCCAAGCUCUUGGUGCGGCAGAUAAUCAAGAUCAAAUACAAAAGAUUGACGAGGAAAAUGCCAUCGAUGAUGAGGAGGAUACUGCUGUUAAGAUGGAGGAGAAUAAAGAUGACGCGAUAAACAACAACGAUGAUAUGGAAGUUGACGAUAAGGAGCCCCAAGAAGAGACGGAAAAUGCAAAUGAAGAAGUUGGCUCGGAAAACUUAGGUGCAUUCGUGGGAGAAAGAAGAGUUAUGAAGGAAGAAGAGCAGGAGAUUGAUCUUGACUUGGACGACGCCGAGGAGACCAGAGCCGAACACAAUAUGAGAACUCAAGUUGAUGAGGACUGGGAGAUUGGUCGCAGUGACGUUCCAAUUCAUGAUAUCAAUGAGGCAAGAGAAUUGUGGAACCAGAGUGAAUUGGCUACCCAGGAGUUGUCUUCUGGCUUGUGCGAGCAACUCAGGUUGAUUUUGGAACCUACCUUGGCAACUAAGCUUAGAGGCGACUACAAAACGGGUAAGAGGCUCAACAUGAAGAGAAUUAUCCCUUAUAUUGCGUCGGAUUUCAGAAAGGAUAAGAUCUGGCUUAGGAGAACAAAGCCAUCAAAGAGACAGUACCAAAUAAUGAUUUCAGUCGAUAACUCCAAGUCGAUGAGCGAGAGUAAAGUCACGGAACUCACAAUGCACAGUAUCGCUUUAGUUUCCAAGGCGCUUACGCAGUUAGAAAGUGGGGGUUUGUCUAUCGUCAGGUUCGGAGAGGAUGUCAAGCUUAUUCAUCCGUUCGACAAACCAUUCAAUCAAGAGACCGGUGCGAGAGUAUUUCAAUGGCUUGACUUCCAGCAGGACCGCACUGACAUAAAACAGUUGUGUUCAAAAUCACUAAAGAUCUUUGAGAACGCCCGGGCCACCUCUGGUGCCGACUUGUGGCAACUUCAAAUCAUCAUCUCGGAUGGUGUCUGUGAGGACCAUGAGACCGUUGAACGGAUGGUAAGACAAGCGAGAGAAGAGAAGGUUAUGUUGGUAUUCGUCAUCAUUGACGGUAUUUCAUCCAAUGAGUCUAUUCUUGAUAUGUCUCAAGUGAGUUACGUCCCUGAUGCAAACACGGGUGCAAUGUCCUUGAAAGUUAACAAAUACUUGGAUACAUUCCCCUUCGAUUUCUACGUGGUUGUGAGAAGUAUCAAUGAGCUUCCAGAGAUGCUUUCAUUGAUAUUGAGGCAGUAUUUUACAGAAGUCGCCAGCACUUGA